CUGCUUGCUUUCCAAUGGUUGUGUCAAAUCCUGAUACCCCUCUCUGUUCCAGAGACAUUGAGAGUGGACGUGAUGCCCGAGAUGGCCUGUGACGGGACACAUUCUUUCCUAAGCCUCGCCAGUCCACUCUUGCCCAUUCUGCAUUUGGUGCACGGAGCAAACAGACGCUGCAGACUGCUGCAGACGGGUUCCUUUUCGUUUCCUUUGGCAUUCCAUGGCAUCCCCUCCCUCUCUGCCUGACCUCCUCUCUGACAAUCGACAGGGCUUCAUUUGAGCUCAUUUGGCACAUCCUGGACCCUGGGGGAGCCUCACUGGUAGGCCAGGAGAGAUGCUGCCCUCUUUCUCGGAUGGUAUUCUUCUGUCUUCUCCGAGUCCCUUCCCACUCAGCAUUCCCUGAAUUGGGUUGGUACAGUAGGCUUCACUAGACUUAGCUGCAACUCAGAAUUUCUCCUCCAGCACCUGAGUAAAUGCUGAUGGUCUUGUGGAGAGUGGAGUAAGAGCACGAGCUAAGUUCUCGAGCCCCAUUAAGAAGCGGAGGAAAAUUUAAACCUGAACUCCUUCAGAGUUUAUCACAGCCACCGCCAUCAAGACAGCAAACCAAAGGACAAAGACUUUGACCUGCUGUGUUGGCUCUGUGUAGCUCAGUCCCCUACCGCGUCCCAGCCCGGGCUGGGGUGACGAAUGAGUAACUAAAGUCGGACUCUUCUGUCACUGGACGCUCGUUUGCAGAGUCACCAAACAUGAGGGCUGUCCUGGAGACAGCAGACAUUGCCAUAGUGGCCCUGUACUUCAUCCUGGUGAUGGGCAUUGGUUUCUUUGCCAUGUGGAAGUCUAAUAGGAGCACCGUGAGCGGCUACUUCCUGGCGGGGCGCUCGAUGACCUGGGUGGCGAUCGGUGCCUCUCUGUUUGUGAGCAAUAUUGGGAGCGAGCACUUCAUUGGGCUGGCCGGAUCUGGAGCGGCCAGUGGAUUCGCGGUGGGCGCCUGGGAGUUCAAUGCCUUGCUGCUCUUGCAACUUCUGGGCUGGGUCUUCAUUCCCAUUUACAUCCGGUCGGGGGUCUACACCAUGCCCGAAUACUUGUCCAAGCGAUUCGGUGGCCAUAGAAUUCAGGUCUAUUUCGCGGCCUUGUCCCUGAUUCUCUAUAUCUUCACCAAGCUCUCCGUGGACCUGUACUCGGGGGCCCUCUUUAUCCAGGAGUCCCUGGGUUGGAACCUGUACGUGUCCGUCAUCCUGCUCAUUGGCAUGACCGCCCUGCUGACGGUCACCGGCGGCCUGGUGGCCGUCAUCUACACGGACACGCUGCAGGCCUUGCUCAUGAUCAUCGGGGCGCUCACGCUGAUGGUCAUCAGCAUGAUGGAGGUCGGCGGGUUCGAGGAAGUGAAGCGGCGGUACAUGCUGGCCUCGCCCAACGUCACGCGCAUCCUGCUGGCGUACAACCUCUCCAACACCAACUCCUGCAACGUGGACCCCAAGAAGGACGCGCUGAAGAUGCUGCGGGACCCCACCGACGAGGACGUGCCCUGGCCCGGCUUCGUGCUCGGCCAGACCCCGGCGUCCGUGUGGUACUGGUGCGCUGACCAGGUCAUCGUGCAGCGGGUGCUGGCGGCCAAGAACAUUGCCCACGCCAAGGGCUCCACGCUCAUGGCCGGCUUCCUGAAGCUGCUGCCCAUGUUCAUCAUCGUCGUCCCGGGCAUGAUCUCCAGGAUCCUGUUCACGGACGACCUGGCGUGCAUCAACCCCGAGCACUGCGUGCAGGUGUGCGGCAGCCGUGCCGGCUGCUCCAACAUCGCCUACCCACGCCUGGUGAUGAAGCUGGUGCCCGUGGGCCUGCGGGGGCUGAUGAUGGCCGUGAUGAUCGCCGCCCUGAUGAGCGACCUGGACUCCAUCUUCAACAGCGCCAGCACCAUCUUCACCCUCGACGUGUACAAGCUGGUGCGCAAGAGCGCCAGCUCCCGCGAGCUCAUGAUCGUGGGCCGCAUCUUCGUGGCCUUCAUGGUGGUCAUCAGCAUCGCCUGGGUGCCCAUCAUCGUGGAGAUGCAGGGCGGCCAGAUGUACCUGUACAUCCAGGAGGUGGCCGACUACCUGACACCGCCGGUGGCCGCCCUCUUCCUGCUGGCCAUCUUCUGGAAGCGCUGCAACGAGCAGGGGGCCUUCUACGGGGGCAUGGCGGGCUUCGUCCUCGGGGCCGUCCGCCUCACGCUGGCGUUUAUCUACCGGGCCCCCGAGUGCGACCAGCCCGACGACCGGCCCGCCUUCAUCAAGGACGUCCACUACAUGUACGUGGCCACGGCCCUCUUCUGGGUCACGGGCCUCAUCACGGUGAUCGUCAGCCUGCUCACGCCGCCCCCCACCAAGGAGCAGACGCGCACCACCACCUUCUGGUCCCGGAGGGGCGCGGCGGCCGCCAAGGAGAGCCGCGCCACCCAGGACGAGCCCUACAAGAUGCAGGAGAAGCGCAUCCUCCGGGGCGGCGAGGCAGGCGGCGAGGCAGGCAGCCCCACCCUGCCCAACGGCAAGUCGGAGGAGAGCCUCAAGGGCCUGCAGCCCGAGGACGUGAACCUGCUGGUGGCCUGCCGGGAGGAGGGGAACCCCGCGGCUGCCGCGGCCGCGUCCGCCGGCCACUCGGAGGCCGAGACGCCCGUGGAUGCCUACUCCAACGGGCAGGCGGCACUCAUGGGGGAGAAGGAGAGGAAGAAGGAGCCCGAGGAGGGCGGGCGCUACUGGAAGUUCAUAGAUUGGUUCUGUGGCUUUAAGAGCAAGAGCGUGAGCAAGAGGAGCCUGCGGGACCUGAUGGACGAGGAGGCGGCCUGUUUACAGAUGCUAGAGGAGCCCCCGACCGUGAGACUGGUCCUGAACGGGGGGCUCUUCGCCGUGUGCUCCCUGGGCAUCUUCAUGUUCGUGUAUUUCUCCCUCUGAGCUCUGGACAGCCGAGGGGCCCUAACUUAAGAUGGACUGGUCUUUGGAACACAGCGACAACAAACUUCUAUGACUGUUGCAUCUCUCAGGCAUUGUUUACGCUGUAGGUAUUAGCCAGGUUUUCCUUAGGAAAAAAUUAAAAAAAAAAAAAAAAGAAAAGAAAAAAUCAUCUAUUUGCAAGACUUGAUUUUCCCAGAGAUGAGUGAAAGUCACUUUUCCACUGAAAUGAAGCGAGACUUGUUGUUUCACGGACUGAGUUGUGCAAAUGUGGUUUUUCAAAAAAUUUUUUUCCAUACCAAAGUAAGGUGCGAUCAGAGAUGGUCGGGGAACGCUGACAGCAGAGCGUGUGCAGAGAUGCCCUGGGUCAGGGGUCAGGUGUCCUGGCUGCACUGCCAAACCUUGGGAGCCUUUUUUUUUUUUUUUCUAUCCAGAGGUAGAGCACUCGCUCCCUUCUGAGUCCUUCCUGUUUCUGUAAUGUCUACCACGAUUUUUACAAAAGGACUUAGUAGACAUUCAAUUUUGUACUGAAAAAUCUCAUGUGCUUGAGGGAUCCUAGUUUCAGGACACGUUAGUUUGCCAGGUCCGUCUGGUUAGCCUGAGCCUGUGGAUUCUGGUUGCCAAACGAAGGAAGAUGAGUGUUCUCCCGUAGCUAACUCUGGUACGAGCAGUAUAAGGGAUGCUGGGGAAGGUCUGUUCUCUUCCGUGUUCUUCCUACCCCCGCCACACACACUUUUUUGUCCCCCCCUCCCACCUUUUUGAAGUUUUAAGUGAACCAUACGGGACCAACCGCCAGAUCUGAUGUCAUAUAUAUGUUUGUCGUGAUUGUGUUGUUGGCAGCUGAUGGGGGAGGAAAAUGAACAUUGCCGGUGAUCUGUAGAUCUGGGGACCAAAUUUAAGGAUAUUGCUGUAGUGGGGGGAAACAGCCCCUGAAGGGCAUUAGUGCCGAGCAGGCAGUCCCACACAUUCCACUAACUCUCUGGCUUUAUGUUGGUCACUCCCUGACACCUCUAGAAGCCAGAUGCCUUCCUCAGUGGGUCUUAACUUCUGCGAUGGGUCCAGAUAGUUGAGGGGGGGAAAAUAAGUACCGGCUUUUAUGUUGGCUUAUCUUUCUUGGUGAGCUAAUGAUAAAGCUGAGAUUGUUUUCAGAGGGAACGUUUCCGUCUUGAGAUUCCAGACUUGUCAUUUAUACAUGGCCUCUAUAGAUUCCUGCUUACAGUGCCCCAGAGAGCAUGAGGACAUUUGAGUGACCACUGGCCAUUGGUACCAGGACUCAGAGUGCGUACUUUGCCAUCGGGGGAUGUUGGAGCAUUGCCGUGGAAGGGAUAGCCUAAGAGCUGCCAGGAACAAGCCCUUCUGGGUUCAGUAGCGUGUCUCCUGGGGGCGGCUACAGGUUUGUGUAUCGCCCUCUCAGGAUGGGGGACCCAGAUGCAGCUUUUGUGGAUGGGAGUCUGUUUUCUGUAAGCUGAUUUUCCUCCUUUGUCCAGCAGAGGACAAAAGAUAUUUGAGAAAAAACCUUGACAGAUUGACUUGUUCUGUGUCUGUGAGCACCUAGCACUGUCCUUUUAGCCUCGGGACAGGUCGAAGGGACCUAAUUGUGUAUCUACUUUCUUUGGCCUUUGUUUCCUGUGGUCUCUGAUACUUUUGUAAUUGCAUGGUUUUAUUAUGCUGGUAUUCUUUAGAGAAAGUUGUUACUUUCAAAAGAUACUUUUGUAGCUUUUCAUUCAAAACUCAAAACUCCGUCCUAAUGACUUUAAUCCCCCCCUCUCCCCGCUCCUCCCCCCAUUCCCUAAACCAGUUUCCUGUGGAUGGGCUUGAGAAUCCACAGUUGACUGCAGAAACCAGGUAGCAUCAUGUCUCUGCAUCUCCAGGCGGGUCCUCCAUGGGCUGGGUCUGUAGAGAAAAAAGCAGUUUAUGUAUGACUCGCAUGACCUCUGAGAGCUUUAGAGUGCCUGGUAGAAUUAUUUUUUUUUUCCUCUUAAUUUCCCUCUUACCCUGGGGGCCAAAUAAGGGAUUGUCCCUAGGGCGGCUGCCAUGCUGAAGGGUACAUGGUUACAAAGACAGGAACAGAAAACUCAGUGUCCACAUCUGGGAUGGUCUUAUUUCUCAAGAGGAAACUUUGAGAUCCUUACCUUUGGGGAUUAGGAUCUUGAAUUUUCCAAAUUGGCAAGGACUCUCCUCUCCCUUCCCCUCCCCUCCUCUUUCCUCCCCUCCCCUCCCCUCUCCUCUCCCUCCUUUUCUUUCCCUUCCCUCCUUCCCUCCCAUAGAAUUUUGAUUGAAUCACUGUGAGAUAGACCCUUACAAGGCUGUUUAUGAUUAAGUUUCAGUCAUACAGUGUUCCAACACCCAUCCCUCUGCCUCUUUUUUCUUUUCCAAUUUCUUUAUUCUGAAGAUGUUGCUUACAUAACUCAGCAAUGCAGUCGGUGUUGUUCGGACGGCCUUCUUACCUCUCCUGUUCAGGGCAGAAGCAGACUUAAGUGGUGUUCUGAGGCCGCAUACUGCCCCCUACUCCCCCAAAUGUUGAGUCCUGGUAGUUUGGAAUUUUUCGAGCCCGCCCCGUUGUUGACCUAGUAGAAUCCAUAAGGUGAAUCAUUUUGUGUCUGUCUGUCUGUCUGUGUGUAGCUUAGGUCAGGCGAAGAGAGCCCUUGUCUGUGAAUAGGGAAUGGCUUCUGCUAGGGUUGGCGGUCUUGGUUUAGACUGCAGUCCCCAAAGUUUGUCAUCCUGCUUAAUGCUUCCCAGCCCGAGAGAAAGUGCUGGAAGAAGGGUGCACAUGGCUGGAGUGAGUUCAUUUCCGGGGACUCCUCUGUCGGCCCCGCGAGAGGGAGUGCUGUGCAAUGGAGCCUGGUCUGUCUUGAGCCUCUUAGGCCUUUAGACGAGGUGGGUCCCAGGAACUUGCUCGCUAGACAGGAGCCUCUGCGUCCUGCACCCUUCUCUUGGCCCGCAGCAGGACCGGAGCCCUGAGCGUCAUUAGCUGAAGUGACCAAGUCGAGGUGAUGGGAGGAGGUUGGUCCUCAGCAGUGCAGGGAACUCUUCUUGCCUCUUGGGCGUGUGGUACCCAGGCCCAGCUCUUUGUUCCUCGGAUCUGCCUCAGUCUCAGGGUUUGCCGAGAGGAGCUUUCUCGGCAGGACGGGCUGUUGGCUUCUGGCGGGACCCCACUUUCCCUGCCCAUGGAAGAGUAUCCCGAGGUACAAAAGCUGUUGCAGCUUUUGAAACAGCUGAGCCUCCCCCCCCCCCCCAGGCCCUGUCAUGGUCACUCUGUCCUGGCCAGGGACUCCCUCUUCAUCUCCUCCUUAGGGGACCACCAGGCAGUCGCCUCCGAUCCAGCACCUCUGGUCUCUGGGGGCCCCCCCGCCCCCGCCCCCUGGGCUUGGUGUGCGGGCUGCUUUGUCUCUUGGCGCGGGAAAGGCAGGCCUGGGUCACGGCCCCGCCUCGGGGACUGACACCCAUGUGACGAGAGGGCCCCCUUCAGUCCUGGAAGCUGUGUGUGGAGAGCUGGUUCUGGGGCUGGAGGCCGAGGAGACCGUGGCCUGGUGAGCCUCUUAGGGUCUGUCUACACCGCCUGCCUCCCGAUGCUGCUGCUCUAACCCACUCUCCGCUGAGACUCUAGUUGCGCAGCCAGCGGUGGUUCUCUGCUGAUCCUCUCCACGGCUGCCAAGAGCUGAGACCCUGUCAGGGCCCCUGCGUGGUGGCGUCUGCCCGUUUGCUUCCUUACCCGCUUCGGCCCUUUGUCUUCCUGUCCAGACGUGACACCUUGGCGUUCCUGGGUCUGGGUUCGAGACGUAUAGAGACCCCUUCUGGUCUAUUCGGCGAUCAGAGGUUUGCCAGCACAAGCCUCCCUAAGGAGUUGGGGAAACGGGUGCACGAGCUGCCGAGAGUCCCCGGCGAUCCAAGCUUCUUGUGUUGGUGGGGGGACGCGCGUGAGUCCACCCCGGCGGCAGCCGUGGGAGCAGAGCCACAGAACUUUCUAGAAUUUGACUCAUCUUGGCUGCCGGCUGGGAGGAGGCCCCUCCCUAGAGAGACGCGAGUGUCGCCGGCGAGUGAGUCCACCCGGGAAGCCGCGGCCCGUGAAGCUCCUGAGUGUGUCCGUGUGUGUGAGAGGAAAGUGGUUGCCAGGGCGUAGGGAUGUGGCCGCGGGGAGAUGCCUCCAGGUGUCCGCGCUGGGGGGGGGGGGUGCCCGAGAGCUAGAGGGUCAGUGGCUUCUGUCCCUGCAGAGUGGCCCGUGACCUGAGCAGACUUGGUCAGGGAGACAGAUUCCUGCUGUGAGUUCCCCUCGCCACCACCAGGGGCGACACUUUCUCCUUGUCCUCCUCCUUGGUCCGCGGAGAGUCGCUCACUUCCGUUCCUCUGUCCUCAGCACUUCUCAAAACCCCCUUCUGACCCCAGUCACCUUCAGCCUUCCUGCCACUUGGGCACAAAAGGUGCUACUUUGCCCCAGUUUGGAACACUUGAGUCCACAGAAGGGAGCCUUAGGCUUGUGUGUCAGUCCGCCAUGUUUGUAUUCCAGCAAGAAGGGCUCGGUGUCCACUAACAUUCCUCAGUAUUUUAUUUUAUUUUAUUAUUUUUUUUUGCUUUUUGGGUCACACCCAGCGAUGCUCAGGGGUUACUCCUGGCUUUGCACUCAGGAAUUACUCCUGGCGGUGCUUGGGGACCAUAUGGGAUGCCGGGGAUCGAACCCGGGUCGUCCGCGUGCAAGGCAAACGCCCUACCCGCUGUGCUAUCGCUCUGGCCCCAUCCUCAGUAUUUUAAUCAUUUGAUUCUCAAAAAAAAAAUUUUUUUUUGUUUGUUUUAUAAACUGAGUGGCCCGUAAGACUUCCAAUUCCUACAUGGCCCUGUGAAAUGGUGUCACUGCAGUGCCAGUGUCGGAGUCAGAGGUGAGAAGUUAGCGUGUAGAGGAACACGUGGGUCUGGGUGGGCCUGAUGUAGAAUCUCUCGCUGGGCCCCCUCACACCCGCAGAUGCUCCUCUGGGAAGUUCACAGCUCUCCCUGCUGAGGUCCACCCUCCUCAGACUCCCCCUCUGCUCAAGGCAGAUGCUCCGCUCCUUUCAUCCCUGGCGAGGAUUCCUCAGACUCAGAGUAACCUUUGAGUAGGUUCUGCCAGCCCAGUGCCUACCAUGACUCUCCAUCAGAAAGGGUCUUCAUCUAAACCUCCAGCCCCGGUGCUGGGAGUGUGGCCUGAAACUGCUGAUUCCCUCUGAAGUUGUAUUGUGAGUAUUGGCCAUAAUGUUUGUUUUCAUCUCCAACCCUUUGGUGAAAUAGGGGAGUUAGGAUGUUCUUGGGGGCCAAGGGUCCCAUUUAUCUGGUAACGCCCAGCCUUAGCUAACCACUGGCAUAGACUUCUACUCGGAAAUCAAACAAACAAACAGAAAGAGGUUUGCUGCACCUGUACGGUCACUCAUUUCAUGCACUUUACUUGUUAGGGGAAGUCCAUGCUCUGCCCUGAGAUCUUUUGACUUAAACCAGUAUCGUAGCUUUGAAGUAACGGCAUGUCCGUUGCUUUGGUUACUUAGGUUCAUGGUAUGUCUUUAAGAGAAGGAUGCUCAAAGAAAUAAGCACAGUGGCCCCAGAUCAACCUUAGUGUGGGGCCAGUGGUGGCCUUCCCCUCAGAAAAGCACUGCCUGGUUCCUGUCAGUGAGGAGGGGGCCUUCCUCCCCUCCACUCCAGACCGUGUACAACCCAUGAGCUCCUCCACGAAGGGUCAUGUGUGGGACAGCGCCCGCUGACGGUACGUAGGCCACAACCACGCCGGACACUCAAGUUUUGUUCUCUUAUGAUGAAUUUGCCCCGCGCCCUGUUGCUGCUGGAUCAAGGGUGUUGGCUUCUUUCAUCUCGGGACAAACCCGUCCCAAGUUUGGGGACCACCUCUCAGUGCGUCAGCCUCACUGUGUUUGAGAAGUGGAGUGGAAUCUUCCCGAAUGCCAUUUUCCUUUCGUUGUUGCUCUGUCCACGGAAGUGGAAAGUAAGCUCAUUGCCAUUGCUCAUGUUGGCACCGGCCAAUCUGUGGGAUAUUCCAUGAUGCCCUUUUCUGAAAUACUCUUGUUUGUAUUAGUGCCUUCAAGUUGCCAUAUUGACCCUGCUAGUUUACAGUCUUCCCUUCCUUGAUAGAGAAUUCUUAUUUGUUACAGUGUCUCUGUUUAGAAGUGUGUUAUAACUAGUAUAGGAAACACACACAAAGUACAUUUAUAUUUACAUACUUUAUAUGUAGCCUUUAUUUAGGUUCUGGGGGAACUGAGUAAUUGUUGCAACUCAAGUGUUAUUUAUUCAUCUAUUUUUGUUUCUUUUGUGUCCUAUGGUUGCUUAGAUGCCUUGAGUGUGUGGUGUGGGUUUGGUCGCUGUAUGUAUACCCAGGAAUGUGAUAGCAUAAUGUCAUUUCCCGGGAGACGGGAGGAAAAGGUGGGAAAAGCACAGUCAAGCACACGUCAGAAGCACAGGGCUCAUUGGACCACCAGCUGUUUUUGUCUGGGGUGGUGGGUGAGGACCCAGGACUGAAGGCCCUGGACAGAGGGUCCAUGUGGUCAUCUGACCCAGCCAGUGUUACUCUGAUGGCAGAUAGGUUGCAAAGGUCAAUGCUACCAUUUUAUUUUGGGGUCUCUAGCGGAAAACGGGGAUUCUGGGCUCUUGGCUAGAGUCUGGAAUGAAAAAUUGGUGAAAGACAGGUCUUUAGUGGAAGGAGUGGUUUCACAAACCUCUGUUUUAACCCGUAGAGCCCUUAGAGUUACUUUUUAAAAAAGAAUUUAAAAAAUUAUUUUAUUUUUAUGAAGUUGUUCAUAAAAAUUGAUUACAUUUAAUAUUCGAACACCAAUCCCACCACCAUCACAUACCUUCCCCCCCACCAUAUUCUGAACGUUAAAGAAUUUUAAUAUUAAAAUCUUUAGGUAAAUUUUGCUUCCCAUCAAAUAGGACUUGAUAAACUUGGAGAAUUUUCACAUUUUUAACCAGAAGACGCUACUUGCCUUAUGAUCUUUGUGAAGAUUCAUGUGUAAGAGGCAAAAUUACCUUCCUUUUUUCAUGUACUUGGUAGCACUUUCCAAUAGAGAAUUUGAAAUAGAGUAGAGACUAGAGACUAGGGCUGGGGAGAGGGGAAAGUCACCUGUCCCAUUUAGAAGGAACUUGUGGAAUGCAUGUGCGGAAGAAGAACUAGACUUUUUUUUUUUUUUCCUUCUAUGUGUCAUUGUGGCAUCUUUGUUCACCGGACUUGUUCCUUUACCAGUUGUCUUGGAUCUUGCCCCUACGUGAAAAGGAUGGGGGUGAAGUGACUACCUUUGCUCCCGCUCUGCCUUGCCGGAAAGACUUGGUCCACCCAAUUGAUAGUGAAAUGAGGGUUCCAGCAAGUGUGGUUGCAUGUGACAUGUUUGAGAAGAGUUGAUGUGAACUCCCGGAGGGAAAGCUGCUCCCUUCCUCUCUUCAGCCAAGAAAAGGAAAAAAGGCUCCGCCAUCCCUGCAGCCUAGUUGGACACCCGCAGGUGUUGCGGGCGAGGGGCGAAACACCUUGGUUAUAACACUAUGAUAACGCAAAACCAGUUACAACUCGCUCAGCCUAUACAGGAGGUAUUUUGUACCCUUCAAGUGUUGUUUUAAAGUUUAGAAAAUAGUUUGUAAGAAGACUGCUUCGGACUCGGGUCUAGGGGAAAGUAGUCCUAGCCGUGUAAAUAUGUACAAUUAGAAUCUUCUAAUUUUCACUGUGAGAACUCCUGACUUUCGAGUGGCAAACAGACCAGCAAGUCUCUCGCUCACGGGCCUCUCUGUGGGGUUGUUGCAACGCAGAAGCUUUAUUUUCUGUCCUUUUUUCCAGUAAUGGCAUACACAUUCGUGUGACGUGAUGGUAUGGAGUCCCUGCCCCCGCUUCCCCACCCUGCCGCCAGCUCGGCUUUGGUUUGUUGAUUGCCAACAGACUUGGGAGCUAGAGCGGCCACUUGCCCUUCCUUCCUGCUUGGACACUCCGUUUUCCGCUGGCCAGACCCGCGUGGGCGACCCCCUAGGAGCUGUGCCAUGCUUCCCAAGUGCUUCCACCCCUCUCCCCUCUCUGUUCUUUUCUUGAUAAGAUGGAUAUCAAAAAUAGUUGCUGUGCAAAAGUUAGUAGUCUUCUUCAAGAAGAAAACCAUUCCUUUUCUAAUAUCCUGUGAAAUUGCUUCAUUCAUUUUAUUUUUAAGCCAAAUGUCAGCAGAGUACUGCUGCUUUUAUCUAGCAGUUUUGAUAUGUAAGUAUUAAUGCAUUUUUAAAAGAUGUCUACAUGGAAAAAAAAAACACAAAUGUUUCCCACUGUCUUGCCUCUUAAUGCUUUGUUCAGAUUUUCUGUAAGAGACCAGUCCUGUGCGCUGGGGUUGUGUAGGAUGUACACGUGUUAUUUUGUCAGUUACUGCAUUGUAGAACCAAAUGUGAUUCUAAAUGAAAAUUGUCCAGUUCUUAGUGAGGUUUAUUUGAAUUGUGAAUUGAUUCCCAAUGUACCUUAAUUGUCUAGAAUUUUUAAAACACUUUUUUUAAAAAAAAAGGUUUGACUAAUUGGGUCCAUCUCAUUGUACAAUGUUUAGUUGCAAGCAGAAAAUAGAAUUUGCUAUAAAUCCGGUUAUUUCCAGGUGGAGAGAAAUACAGCUUCAGCGGUAGCUUUAGAAUUGUUAACUAUCCCUGGCAAUUCUAACUUGACUAUUCUAACCUACUAUGUACAAUCUUGAUUUUUAAAAUUGUAGACACGGAUGAUCUUGGUUUAAUGUUUUAAAAAGUGUUACUUUGUUUUUUUAAAAAGGAAGAGAGCAGAUAUUCUUCAGAGCUCUCCGUUUCCACUCUUGACUGUAAAAUACACUGUUCCUUGUGUACUGUGUGUUCCUUUGCCAGCUGCUGCAUCAGCCUUCAAAAGUAUUUGGAAAUUUAAGAUGAAUUACACUUCUUGCCGAGUAUAUUCUUUUCUGUGGUAUUUCGUCCUGUAACUGAAGUACGGUAAUUAUUUUAUGGAAAUGUUAGCACUUCUGUACCAACUUUGAAUAAAAUGAAAAAUUUACA